UUUAUCACUUGCUUCCAAACGAGGACUGCGCUGCAUUGGGCAGGCGCUCCACACACUCUUGUCUACUGUGGAAAGGCGAAGCGCAAGCAAAUAUUUGGUCGUUUCGCGGAAAGCGGUUUUCGUGUCCGUAUUGAAAAUUGCCCUCCGUGCCAAUGCUGAAUAACGCCAGGACUUCGAAAAGAAUGUGGAUGUAAACCGAGGCGAACGGGGCUUCUUUGAAAACAGAGGCGACAAUUGGGUGCAGAGAGAUGAAUUCAGUGACAGACGCGGCCCACCUGUGAAUCCAGAACUGUCCAGUGCUUUUCGUAUUCGACAGCACCGCAGUAAUACUGGCCGUGCAUUUAGAUUGAGAAUUUAAAAAAUGAAUUUAAUUUUUACUACCCUCCAUCGCGUUUGUAAACUCACACAAAGCCUGGUUGUUUUAAAUAACUCUGAGGUCUGACUGCACGCUCCAGUCUACAGGGUAAACAACUGCACUGAUUCAUUUCUGCUCUGUGCUUGGGUUUGAACCAGUAUUGCAAAAAGGCCACGAUGGCGAAGUGGCUGAAGGACUAUUUGAGUUUUGGGAGUAAGCGAAUGCCCCCUCAGCCGCCGAAACCGGACUAUAGCGAGAGUGAAAUCCUCAAAGCGUAUCGCGUGCAGAAGAGCUUGGAUUUUGAGGACCCAUAUGAAGACCACGAAAACAGAUCCAGGAACGACGAUGGAUCCACAGAGGUCCAGAACGCGGGACUCGGCUCUCCGCUGAAGACCUCGGCUCUGGAUAUGAAGGUGGUAUCUCCCAAACAUCGGCUCAUCAAGGUGGACUCGCAAGACCUUGGUCGGACCAAAAUUCUUCUGAGCGCCGUGUCCCUAGAAGAGUCUCCAGAGCCAGUGGUGCCCUCGGCCCCGGCUGUGGGAGACAUGGACUACUCAGACCCCUUUGACGCCCGCCGGGACGUGCAGCCUGAGAGCCACGCGGGCACCGCCAGGCCGGAGAACAACGGGUACAUGGAGCCCUACGAGGCUCAGCGAGUGCUGGCAGAGCUUCAGAGGCGUGCCGGAGGCCGGGGCCGAGGGGGCGUGCAGCUGUACGACACCCCGUACGAGGAGCGCGGCUCGGGGCUGGCGGAGGCGCCCGAGGAGGGCCGGGAGAGCAGGCUCCCGCAGGACGACGAGAGGCCGGCGGAUGAGUAUGACCAGCCCUGGGAGUGGAAGAAGGAGCACAUCUCCAAGGCCUUCGCAGGGUCUGAUAUGAACGGGCUGCCUGAAUUGCCCUGGCCUCCUCCGGUAGGCCAGCUGGAGGAGGAGCCCGCCCUGGGUGAGCAAGUGCAGUUUGAGUGUGCGGAGUGGGACCGCUCCUCCUCUCCGGAUCGCGCGCGUUCCUCUAGGGCUGCUCUCGUCUCGGGCAGCGCUAAGCUCCGGAAGCCCAGCGAGCCUGCCCCUGUGCUGGGGGAGCGUGUGGACCCAACCCUGCCCCUGGAGAAGCAAGUAUGGUACCAUGGUGCUCUCUCCCGCUCAGAUGCUGAGUCUCUGUUGACACUGUGUAAGGAGAGCAGUUACCUUGUGAGGAUCAGUGAAAGCAGUCACUCCGAAUACUCCCUCUCUCUAAGAAGCUGCCAAGGCUUCAUGCACAUGAAGUUUAGCCAAUUGAAGGACGGCAAGUACGUUUUGGGCCAGAACAGCCAGCCAUUCGGCACCAUCCCGGAAGUCAUCCACUACUACACCAGGCACAAGCUGCCAAUCAGAGGAGCCGAACACUUAUCCCUGCUAUUUCCUGUGCUGGUACAGACCCUCUGAUUGGCGGAGGGUUGUGCCAAUAUCGUUUCAAGCUUUCUUCUGGAUCUGGAACAAUUAAAAGACAAUGAUAUCUGCGAUGCUUACACAAAAUUUUUGGAUUUUGGACAAAGUUAAAAAUUCUUUUUGACGUUUUCCUACAUCAAUAAACUAAAUUAAAUAACAGAAUCCACUUGUUUAUAGUAUGUUUUAUAGAACGUAUUGUAUCACAAGUCUUGUUAAGCUUAAACUGCAGUAUUUGACUUCCCAAUAAGCUGUAUCAUUACAGGUCAUUACGUUGACCUGCUGCCUGACGUUCUUGCAUUACUCUGUCACAAUGACCCUUGAUUUGUCUGUGCGGGUUAACAUUGCUGGUAUCUCUGUCCCUCUGGAUGCCCACAAACUGGAGACACUGUCCACAAGCCCGUUUAAGGUUACACAGCUAACAAACCUGCCCUUUGAUCAACAUGGAGAUGUUUUCUGUCACAUCGUCUUCUAGAAGUGUCUUCUAGACGCCAAACCCCGGUGGCCAUUGUUCAUUCUUGGCUGCCCCAGAAGGCUUCAGAAUUGCUCUUUUAUUUCUGUUCUAAUGGCUGAACGCUGAAGUCAUUUGGGGUUUGGGAUUCUGGUUUGUUCAUAUGGGUGGUCUCAGCUUGGCCUGUCCACGUGUCUGUGACAAGUGUCUUUUUAGUCUUCACCAUUGUGCAGAGUUAAGAACGAUGUGGUGUUUGAAUUCCAGAGAACUUAUUGCUACGAGUGUGUUCGCGACCAAGACGUGGUUAUGAAAGUGUUUCUUUAGCUGCUGUUAUUUUGGUAUGUGAUAUA